AAAAUGUUUCAUUAAACCAUACUAUCAUUUUAAUAUUAAUUAAUAAUCCCGCAGCUGAAGUCUUUAGCCAAGAAUCUAAUUAAUACUAAUUAUCCUUUGGUGAUUAGGUGUAAUUUGGUGACAGCUAUGCCAGAGACUUGGGCAUUUAUUUACAGAGGGUUGGUGUUGUAAACAAGAACAGUUUCAUCAAAAUGGAGAGCAAUACUGGUGAUCUCUAUCCAUGUCAAUAUUGCAGAGUGGCAUUUUCAAAUGUUUCCUUUUUGAAGGCACAUUUGAAAUUCAAACAUGGAGGGCAAGAAAUAGCCAAUUGGAGUCUAGCUCUCACUCCUAAAAAUAGUGAAGAUUCUUUCCAACCGUCUAAUUUUUAUCAACAUCUUAUAACUUUUAUGAAAGAAAAGGCUUACAAGUGUGACAGAUGUAAUAAAUGUUUUACAAAGCUUAGCCAAUGGAAGAAACACCUUAGAAAUCACACUGAAAAAAAGCCUAAUGAAUGUGACACAAAGAUUGGCCAUUUAAAAAAUGGUUCAGAAGAAAAGCCUUACAAGUGUGACAUAUGUGGUAAAUAUUAUACAAAGCUUUUCCAAAUAAAAAAGCACCUUAAAACUCAUACAGGAUUAAAGCCUUUUACUUGUGAAACAUGUGGCAAAUGUUUUUUGCAGUUUUCAAGUUUACAGAGACACCUUCUAAUUCAUUCAGGAGAAAAGCCUUACAAGUGUGACACAUGUGGUAAAUGCUUCACACAAUUCUCACAUUUAAAGAGUCACAAUAGAUUUCAUACUGGAGAAAAACCUUUCAAAUGUGGCACAUGUGGUAAAAGUUUCACAGAAUCUAACAGUUUACUGAGACAUCACAGAGUUCAUACAGGAGAAAAGCCUUUCAACUGUGACAAAUGUGGUAAAUAUUUUAAAGAUUCAUCACACUUACGGAAACACAUCAGAAUUCAUAAUGGAAUAAAACCUUACAAGUGUGACCUUUGUGGUAAAUGUUUCACAGCUUUUUGGGAUUUAAAGAAACAUGUUACAAGUCAUUCAGGAGAAAGGCCUUUCAAUUGUGUCAAAUGUGGUAGAUGGUUUAAGGAUUGUGAAUACCUAAAGAAACAUGUUAAAAUUCAUUCAGAUGAUAAGCCUUACAAAUGUAACAACUGUGAUAAAAGUUUUUUACAGCUUACUCAAUUAGAGAUACACCUUAGAAAUCAAAACUUUGAAAAGCCUUUCAAGUGUGACAAAUGUGGUAAAUGUUUAUCAACAAGUCAUUCUUUAAACAACCACCUUAGAAUUCACACAGGUGAAUUACCUUACAGUUGUGACAAAUGUGGUAAAUCUUUUGUAUUGAAGAGCACAUUACAAACCCACUUUAGAAUUCAUGCUAAACCUCAUAAUUGUGACAAAUGUGGCAAAGGCUUCAUGAAGCUCUCGAAGUUUCAGAAACACUGUAGAAUUCAUACAUGUGUAAAGCCUCACAAGUGUGAUAAAUGUGGUAAAUGUUUCAAACAAAGUAAAUAUUUACAGAAACACCAAGCAAUCCAUACUGGUGAAAAGCCUUUCAUGUGUGAAAAAUGUGGUAAAUGUUUUAAACUCCUGGACUAUUUACAGAACCACUGUAAAAUUCAUACAAGAGAAAAGCCUUACAGGUGUGAUAAGUGUGGUAAAUGUUUUGCACACCUGAAUUAUUUACAGAACCACUGUAAAAUUCAUAUAACAGAAAAACCAUACAGGUGUGACAAAUGUGGAAAAUGUUUCAUGCAAAUUAAAUCUUUACACGAACACCAUAGAAUCCAUACAGGUGAAAAGCCUUACAUGUGUGACAAAUGUGGUAAAUGUUUUGUGAGCCUGACCUAUUUACAGUGCCACUAUAAAAUUCAUACAGGUGAAAAGCCUUUCAGGUGUGAAAAAUGUGGAAAAUGUUUUGCAUUUUUCUAUAUUUUACAGGCACACAAUAGAAUUCAUACAGGAGAAAAGCCUUACAAGUGUGACACAUGUGGUAAAUGCUUCACAUGUUUCUCUGGUUUAAAGAACCACAAUCUAAUUCACACAGGAGAAAAGCCUUAUAAGUGUGUCAGUUGUGGGAAAUGUUUCACAUCUUCCUCUGGUGUAAAGAGACACAAUGUAAUUCACACAGGAGAAAAGCCUUACAAGUGUGUCACUUGUGGUAAAUGUUUCACAAGACUUGCAAGUUUAAGUAAGCAUCAUAGAAUUCAUACUGGAGAAAAGCCUUACAAGUGUGACACAUGUGGUAAAUGCUUCACACAUUUCUCAAGUUUAAAAAUUCACCAUAGAUAUCAUACUGGAGAAAAACCUUACAAGUGUGGUGCAUGUGGUAAAUGUUUCACAGAAUCUAACAGUUUACUGAGACACCACAGAGUUCAUACAGGAGAAAAGCUAUUCAAGUGUGACAAAUGUGGUAAAUCUUUUGCAUUGAAGAGCACUCUAAGGUCCCACUUUAGAAUUCAUGCUUAACCUCAUAAGUGUGACAAAUGUGGCAAAUGUUUCAUGGAGCUCUCAAAAAUUCAAAAACACUAGAAUUUAUACAAAUGAAAAACCUUACAAGUGUGGGAAAUAUGGUAAAUGUUUGAAACAAAAAAAAAAUUAAAGGAAACACCAAGCAAUCCAUACUGGUGAAAUGACUUACAUGUGUGAAAAAUGUGAUAAAUGUUUUGCACUCCUUUCCUAUUUACAGAACCACUGUAAAAUUCAAGUAACAGGAAAGCUUUACAGGUGUGAUAAGUGUGAACAUUUUUCUUAUAUUCUUCAGGUUUAAAGAAGCAUCAUAGAAUUCACACAGGACAAAAAAAUAAUAAGUGUGAAGAAUGUGGUAAAUGUUUCUUACAAUCUUCCAUUUUACUGAAACACCAAAAUUCUCAUAAAAUAGAAAGGCCUUACAGGUGUGACAUAUGUGGUAUUCAUUUUGGACUACGGAGCACUUUAAGAAAUCACAUUAGAAAUCAUACUGGAGAAAAACCUUACAAGUGUGACAAAUGUGGUAGAUGUUUCUCUUGGGCUUCCAGUUUACGGAUACACCAUAAAAUUCAUACUAGUGAAAAACCUUACAAGUGUGAUAAUUGUGGCAAAUUGUUUAGGGAACUUAGCUAUAUCACAAGACACAUGAGAAUUCAUACAGAAGAAAAACAAGUGUGGUAAAUAAGGUUUUUUAAAUUUUUCACAUUUUGCCAAUCAGCAAUGAGAACCCACAAGUGAAAUUAUCCCUAUGAUAUAAGCUUUACUUCCAGUGUCAUCUGAAGUGCCCUUUUUAAUGAAUUACCUUUUUUUAAAUCUAAUUUCAUUGUUCAAAUUUUAAUUCUUGUUAUUUGUUUGACUUUUAAUGUUAGCAUUUAAAUUUUUUUAAAUAUCAAGUUUUUCUUGUUCAUUUUGUGUAGCUGAGUUAGUAUGUAGGUGCUAAGUACAUUCUUGUAACUUUUAUUAAAAGUUUUAGUUAAAUUGAACGGGUUUUGUAAAAGUCAUCAGGGUAACACAAUAUUGAAUGCAAGUAAAAUGGUAUAUACAGGACACAUUUAGGAUUACUAGGGGCUUAAGCUACUUGAGAUAUGAGGACCUUUAUAUGUCAAACUGUAUGUCAA